AUGGUCCUUCCACCAGGCUUUGUAAAUGAUAGACCUAAUCAGGUGUGCAAGUUGCUCAGGUCACUGUAUGGUCUCAAGCAGGCCAGCAGACAAUGGAAUGCAAAACUCACUCAUGCCCUUCUAACUGAUGGUUUCUGUCAGUCUACUGCUGAUCCUUCCCUGUUCACAAAGAGAUCAGGUACAUCCCUUACAGCAUUACUAGUAUAUGUGGAUGAUAUCUUGAUAGCUGGUACAGAUUCAACACAGAUCACAAAGCUAAAACAGUUCCUGGAUCUUUCCUUCAAAAUAAAAGAUCUUGGACAGCUACACUAUUUUCUGGGAAUUGAAGCUUCUAGGAGUUCUAAAGGCAUCAAUAUGUGUCAAAGAAAAUACACUCUAGAUAUCUUGAAGGAGAAUGGAUUUCUAGAAGCUAAACCUGCCAAGACUCCUUUCACCACAGGUCAAAGAUUGAACACUACUGAUGGGAAGCCAAUUGCUAAUCCUGAGCAUUAUAGAAGACUUGUGGGGAAACUUCUAUAUCUAACUAACACAAGACUAGAUAUAUCCUAUGUUGUACAACAACUCAGCCAGUUUGUGGAUAAACCAAGUGAUAUUCAUCUCAUGGCUGCACAUAGAGUGCUUAGAUUCUUAAAAGGAACACCUGGCAGAGGCUUAUUCUAUGCUGCAAAUUCUCCUGCCAAACUACAAGGAUUCUCAGAUUCAGAUUGGGGAACUUGUACUGAAUCAAGGAAAUCCAUCACUGGAUAUUGCAUCUUUCUAGGGAACUCUCUAAUCUCCUGGAAAACAAAAAAACAAGCAACUGUGUCUAGAUCAUCCUCUGAGGCUGAAUAUAGGGCCUUGGCUACUACCACUUGUGAGAUACAGUGGCUUACUUAUCUCCUCAAAGAUUUGCAGGUUCACAUUGCUGAGCCUACCAUCUUAUAUUGUGAUAACAAGUCAGCAGUGGCUAUUGGAGAAAAUCAUGUAUUCCAUGAGCGUACUAAGCAUAUUGAUAUUGAUUGCCAUGUGGUGAGGCAUAAAGUUCAAGAAGGGUUGAUCAGAUUCCUUGCCAUUCCUAGCAACAAGCAGCUUGCAGACAGUUUCACAAAAGGGCUGUCGAAACCUCUGUUUGAUGAUUGCCAAUUUAAGCUGGGCAUGCAGGACAUCCAUGCUCCACCUUAUGGGGGGGGGGGGGGGGUGAUGAAGCAUAACACAUCCAGUGAGCUAGCCAAGUGA